CAGAGGACUACCAUCCUCUUCCUCGCACAGCAUGUUGGGUAAUGCUGUUUUGAAUAAACGACAACACUUACGAAAGAGCCUCACGUGUCUGCGGUAGCGGUUGUGUAAAGCAGCAAACGUGGAAGCUCAUCAGCUACGGGACAAAUACUCGCUGCUUACUGGUAACAUCUAGCCAGAUAUUAAGCAUACAAAACAUCAUGGCAUCGAACAAACGAAAGGCUGCAUCUUCUGCCAAACCUCCAGUGGCUAAGAAGCAGAAGCCAGCUCCAUUCAAAUUGGAGAAGAGGGAGAGGCUGGAGGGCUGGCUGGUGAAAGAUGUGGCCAAACAAAGAGGAGAGACCGAUCUAUCAUGCAACCCAAAGCGCAUCCGUUUUAUAUCGGGCACUCAGUCAAUUAAGCAAGGCUGUGAAGGUAUUCUGUAUUGGAUGUCGAGGGACCAUAGGAUUCAAGAUAACUGGGCCCUGAUCCACGCUCAGCAGCUUGCGGUGGAAGAGAAGCUGCCCCUGCACAUCUGUGUUUGUCUGCUUGUUCCAAAAUCUGAGCUGUCCACUCUCCGGCACUAUAAUUUCAUGUUGAAAGGUCUGGAAGAAGUUGCAAAGGAAUGCAAAGAGCUCGACAUCCAGUUCCACCUGCUCCGCGGGGCCUCAGGCGAGGUGCUGCCCGGCUUUGUGUCGGACCACGGCCUGGGGGUGGUGGUCACAGACUUUUCCCCUCUCAGAAGCCCCCUCAAAGCACUUGAGAGCCUCCGAAAGAGUCUCCCAGAAGACAUCCCUCUCAUACAGGUCGAUGCCCAUAAUAUUGUGCCCUGCUGGGUUGCGUCUAUCAAGCUUGAAUACGCAGCAAGAACAAUCAGGGGCAAGAUCACCAAGCUCCUGCCAGAGUUCCUCACAGAAUUCCCUCUGGUCAGAAAGCACAGCUACACCGCAACUAGGCCAGCCAAGCCGGUGGACUGGAGCGAGGCCCUGGGCUCCCUGCAGCUUGAUAGGACCGUGGGGGAGGUGGACUGGGCCCUGCCCGGCUCCGCCGCUGGGAGCGCCAUGCUGGAGUCCUUCAUCGACCUGCGGCUGAAGCACUUCGCCAACCACCGAAACGACCCCAACUCGGCCGCUCUCAGCCAGCUCUCGCCCUGGAUCCGCUUCGGCCACCUCUCCGCCCAGCGCGCGGCUCUGCAGGUGCAGCGCUGUGGGAAGGCCUUCAGCGAGUCCGUCGCCCCCUUCAUCGAGGAGCUGGUCGUGCGGAGGGAGCUGACCGACAACUACUGCUUUUACAACGACAACUACGACAACAUAAAGGGGGCCUAUGAGUGGGCACAGAAGACAUUGAAAGACCACGCAAAAGACAAAAGAGAGUACCUCUACACCCAAGCAGACCUGGAGAAGGCCAAGACUCACGACAAGCUCUGGAACGGAGCCCAGUACCAGAUGGUAAGCGAGGGGAAGAUGCACGGGUUUCUGCGGAUGUACUGGGCCAAGAAGAUUCUGGAGUGGACCUCUUCCCCGGAACAAGCCCUGUCCAUCGCCCUCUACCUCAACGACCGCUACUCCCUCGACGGCCAAGACCCCAACGGAUUUGUCGGCUGCAUGUGGUCGAUCUGCGGCGUCCACGACCAGGGCUGGGCAGAGAGGGCCGUCUUCGGGAAGAUCCGCUUCAUGAACUACAAAGGCUGCCUCCGCAAGUUUGACGUGGCCAAGUUUGAGACCAAGUACUGUCCUAAGAAGCUUUGAGCAUCGAUAUCAUUUUGAUUGCAUCUCACUCGCCCAAUGCCCACCUGUUUCCACCAACUAAUGUCGAUCUUUUCUUGUGAGCCAGAUUCCAGUGAAGCCAUUAUGUUCAUAAAUGCUUUGAGGGGGGUACAUAAGUAUUUUUGCUUGUUCAUCAAAUGUAAGACGGUUAUGAAAGCCCAGUACCUGUUGCAAUGUUACUUUACGUUUGAUGUUUUGUUAGUUUCUUUACUUUGAGAGCAAGUCCAAAGCAGUUGGACAAACAUGUGUUUUUGUAUCUUGUUUGAGUUUUCACAGCAGUUUCUUUCAACGUGAAAUUACAUAAGUGAUUGUGCUUGUUGACUGCCACAUAUAUUUUCUGACAAUAAAUAAAUACAGAAACGAAUUAAA